AUGAUAUUACCUAAUGGUGCCAAAACACAAAGUGGAAAGGCCGAGUGGGUAGUUCAAGAUGAACCAGGUGUGUACGUAAGUUUGUUCCCCCAGCCAGGUGGUGGUAAUGAGCUUAAGCGUGUUCGCUUCAGCCGAAAGCAUUUCACGGAAGAACAAGCUGAGAAAUGGUGGACCGAAAAUGGAACCAAAAUAUUGGAGCGGCACAAUGUAGUUGCUUUAUACAUAGCAAGGCACUGCACUUUACAUCCUUGGCUGUAUGAGCGUUUAAUCGUUGGUCCCUUUUACCAUUCUGAUAUUCAAUACCUUUGCAAAGAGGUUGUUAUUGGCAAAUGUGGGAAAAAUGGUGAUGACUACUCAUGUGCAUCUUCAUGGGAGCAAGUAGCAAAAGUACAAUACAAGAACCUGCACUCAAAUACAACAUUUUUCUUCCUCAAGUUCCAUGUCUUCCUAGAACUCACGGUCUUGUCUCGAGUUUUUUUCACUUCACCCUCCUUGUGUGCCCCUCAGGAUUUCUGCUAUUGA